AUGCUUGUUACGCAUCUCUUGUGUGCCAUUGGCACUAUCACUACCGCGUAUGCCCUUCCCCAGAAUGUUCGCUCCGAUUAUGCAGUCAAGGAGCGACACAAUGUGCCGAAAGCAUGGACAAAAGUUGGUGAGGCAUCGAAGUCGGACAUGGUCCAUCUCCAGAUUGGUCUGAAGCAGCAGAAUGAGGGUGUGGUUGAAGAGCACCUCUUGCAGGUGUCUGACCCAAGUCACUCCCGCUAUGGCCAGCACUUGACAGCCGACGAGAUCAAGAAGAUUAUCACACCCUCCGACGAGACGCAGGACCUGGUGAAGGCGUGGCUCGACGAGCAUGGAAUCUCCAAUGGAGUCCACAGCCCUUCGAAGGACUUCAUCCACGUGGUGCUCCCAAUCGGGAAAGUAGAGCACCUCCUCGACACAGCAUACUCUACCUACCAGCACGAAGAUGGCGAGACUAUCUCCAGAGCUGCAGAGUGGUCACUGCCAAAGCACCUUCACGAGCACAUCGAUGUCAUCCAGCCCACCACCUCCUUCUUCCGUGCCAAGCCACAAAUCAUCGGAGGCCCUGACCUCAAGGGCGACACACACCCAAUGUCCUGGUGGAAGAAGUACUCCAAGCAACACUUCGGCCGCGAGACCGGCGGCCAGUCUAGCACUGGAUCCGGAGGCGCUGGCCCAAUCUCCCAAGUCUGUAAUGUUAACUACACGACCCCAGACUGCAUUCGCACACUCUACGGCACCUACGACUACGUCCCACAAGUCCCCGACAAGAGCAAGGUCGCCCACACAAACUACCUCAAUGAGUCCUCGAACCGCAACGACAUCCACCUGACGCUUGAGAACUUCCGCCCAGAAGCUGCUCAGGCGGCGUACGAGUUCGAGAAUGUCAUUAUCGCCAAUGCUCAGGACAACCAGGUGUACACACCAGCGAUCGUUGCAGCAGGGACCAACAUCGAAGCGAACCUGGACUCGAUCAACAUUUUGUCUGUGUCUUGGCCGCUGAACUUUACUGUCUUCUCUACUGGUGGAAGUCCGCCAUUCAUGCCGGAUUUGGUUGCUCCGACUAAUACAAACGAACCAUACCUUACUUGGCUGGACUACGUACUAGGUGAACAGGAUCUUCCUCAGGUCAUCAGCACUUCGUAUGGAGACGACGAGCAGACUGUACCCGAAUCAUACGCAAAGCGUGUCUGUGCUGGCUUUGCAACACUCGGCGCCCGCGGCAUCUCCGUCCUCUUCUCCUCCGGCGACAGCGGCGUAGGCCCUGGCGGUAAAUGCUUCUCCAACGACGGCAAAAACACCACGCAAUUCCUCCCGGCCUUCCCCGCCGGCUGCCCCUGGGUCACCGCCGUCGGCGGCACAAAAGAUUUCCAACCGGAAGUAGCAGUCUCCCGCUUCGCCUCGGGCGCCGGCUUCUCCAACUACUUCUCAGCCCCGUCCUACCAACAAUCCACCGUAAACGCCUACAUCAAGAGCCUCAACGGGCUCCACGACGGUCUCUACAACAAGGCCGGACGCGGAUACCCUGAUGUCGCGGCGCAGAGUAAUAGGGACACGAUUGUUUAUAAUGGGAAUAUCACGACGAUUGGCGGCACAAGUGCGUCGUCUCCGACAUUUGCGGCGAUUGUGGCGUUGGUGAAUGAUGCGUUGUUGGCUGAGGGAAAGCCCGUGUUGGGGUUCUUGAAUCCGUGGAUUUAUGGCGGUGGGUAUAAGGCGCUGACGGAUGUGGUGAGUGGGAGCAGUUAUGGAUGUAAUACGACGGGGUUCCCGGCGCAGGCUGGGUGGGAUGCUGUUACGGGUUUUGGGACGCCGAAUUUCCCGAAGCUGGUUGAGGCGGCGUUUGAGAAGUAUGGUGGACAUGGAGGGUAUGGAGGUCCGAAGGGGUAUGGUGGUGGUGGUGAUUGA